AUGUCUUUCUUCAAGAAACUCAAAUCUCAAUAUGAGAUCUGGAAAAUUAACAAAUAUACCCGUCGUCGGAAUGCCAUGACACCAGAUUUUGAACAAAGGGACCCGGAUUUUUAUAAGCAAAACUACGUAAAUGGGGUAUAUUUAAACACAACCAAUAACGAGUCAUUUCACCGAAAAAGCGGAAGUAUUUCAAAACGACAUAGCAAACCACAAAAGAUUGAAACUUUAUCAAUUGUAAUAUGUAGAAAACGCAUAUGGAAAUAG